AUGAGACUGUGCGACUGCGAUUUAGACGGGAAAACCGAUAAAAUACAGAUUUCCUGUGCCGCCACCCUUCUCGUUUUCCGUCAUCUACCAACAAUGGUUGCAAAGCGAUAUCUCACUUCGUCUGCCCGUGUAGCAUCAAGUCUAGUCGCAUCGUUUGAUACUUGCACGUCCCUCCCAUGGCUACCCGAUAUCAAAGCGGCCAGUCUAAUUUUUGCCAGAGCUGCACUUCUUUGGUGGGUUAUUCUUUUUCUCAAUUUAUUUGCUUACCCCCACCUUACACACAUAUGCACAGAGUUCAUGCUUGUUCCCGUCCUUCUGGACCUUGAUACCAAUGCCUAA